GCCUUUCCCACCUUCAAAAUUCCCUACCGUUCUAUAGCGUUACACUAUGAAAGUGGCCUGGCAACGCAUCUCAGGCUGCAUUGCUUGAGCGAGCCGGAAAAAGUAGACCAUGGAAGAUGAGACACAGACUGUCGCCGGCGGCGUCGGACCAAAAUUUUGGACCGUAUAACACCUGUUACUCAGUGACUCGGCAAGCACGAACUACUCCCACACAACACCUGCAUCUUUGGUAGAAGGCAAGACUCUACGGCAGAAAUCUUCCUUGAGGAGGCGGUUUAGACGCAAAUGUCAUAGAUGGCGCGUCGAAAUAGCGAUCAAUUGGCUGAAGAUCGUCGGACCAUUGAACACACGCAGUAGCGCCUUAAUCGAACUUAGGUGGUGGAGCGGUCGUAAGCUUGAUUGAAUAUGAAGAGUCCAUCACUCUUGGACUCGUAUACUUGAAACGCACGAUGCGUUUGGUUCGGUUGAAACGUUUCGACCACCGCCAGGGCGGUUGACCCAACAGUCAAAACUAUAGUCGCCAUGCUAAAUCUACUUUAAUCCGACAUGAGUGCGUACCGCGCGGCUAUUGUGCUCCUUAAUGUCUCGAAAGCCCUCAAUACUCCGGGAUGAGUAUAGUCAUUUCUCAGAAAACCGAAGCACAGGUCGACUAUAAAUGCUAGAGAACAGUCGCUUUAGAUGCAGAAUCUUCAAUCGCAAGAAUACAGCCCGAAGUCAUUUAACUAACUACAUCUACUUGGGGCUUCAUAAACUUUCAGCUUUCAGCAUUCGGCACAUCGCGAACCUUGAGGACAAGUACAAACAAACCUUUAUCGGUAAGCUUCUCCUGGUCCCUCUAUGCACCUUCCAUUCUCCAUUUCUAGCAUCUCAAAAAAUGGUCUGCAGAGUUUGCGGUGGCUCUCAAGAUGCCCAAAGACUGUCACCAUGCUCUGCGGAACCUGCAGUGGAACAGGAAGAACUGUCAAGCCGAAUGCGCCAAAUUGCUCGGCUUGUGGCGGUCGGGGCACCACUCCAGGUGGUGACGACUGCAGGUCUUGCGGCGGAAGAGGAAAAACCACAUCGCCCUGGCAGAUGCAGAAAUGGCAGGGUGGCUAAAGUUUGCGACGCCGACCUACAUAAGGUGCGCCACCCCUGACGGAGAUCAUUGAAGGCUAGCUCGGUGCUGAAGGAACGUUAUAUUUUAAGG